CAAAAAACUGUCAAGGGCAAAUAACUCGUACUGUAAUAAAAAAAAGCUAACGUGACAUUUGAGGUAGUACACUAGUUUGAAUUUUUGACAUUCAAAACCAUGGAGAACAUUGGAAGAUCUGGACCCGGCCUUCAUGGAUGGCAGAAAAUCUUCACAACCAUCACAGGUUGGAGACCCGAGAUGGAGUAUCUUCCAGCUAUUCCUGCCGCUUGCACCUUGUACUUGUCAAUAUUUAUUUUUGGACUCGUCCUUCACAACAUUACCAAACUUGUUGUGCCUUCAUUUUUGAGAGGGUUUGUUCUGGACUUUGUCAAAACAAUGACGCUUUGUGGUUAUCCUUUUGGACAUGGGAUAAUGAGAAAGUACUACGGGGAGGUGGGGUAUGUGUCAGCAAUGGUACCCAUGGUGUUUUUGACACUGACCACUCAGCGUGAUGGAUUUGGUAACCCCAUAGCAGUCUGGCUGCAGUACUUUAAGAAGGUCAUGCCUUUGUGGAUAUGCCUGGUAAAAAAUCUUAUCCAGUUAUCAGCUGGGAUCUCAGCAUAUCAUCUAGGCAUGUAUAUCUUGAACUUGGAACUUCAUGAAGCUUACGUUAAUCGACUGAAGAACUAUUAUGAGCAGUUUUGUGAGACAGACCUACAUGUUCCUGUCCAUGUGGGGUUUCUGAUCGAGUUUGCUGCAGUGGUGUACGAUUCCUGGUUCCAAUGUCAAGAAUUCACAAGGAUUCCUUAUAUUGAUCUCCUCAUCAAAAUUGUCAACAGCAGUCUGCUAGUGGUAGCAGGUGUCCACCUGACAGGCAUGUACGUCCAUCCAGCCAUGGCAACCGGGCACACAUGGGGGUGUGGGGACACAUCCAAAUUCACCCACAUUCUCAUUUACUGGAUCGGACCCAUGGCUGGUUCCUGGCUAAGCGUGCAGAUACAGAAGAAAAUAUACAUCAGGAGGCCGGGAACCGGAAAGCAAACACAGACAAAACCAAGGGUGAAAAAUGGAACCAAAACCGGUUUAGCAAUGAAGGUGCAGGAAAAUGGGGAUGGUAAAGGUCAAUCAAAGAAGCCAAUGAAUGGAGCAAGGCGGAGAUAUUUUAAUUAAGUUACGGGAGACAGAUCUUAAGUUUUUUUGUGUUUUAAUUUUCAUUCCUGUUCAAAGUUUUUGUUGGUAUUUUUUAUUUAUAAAAGGAUCAGGUGAUUUGACUUUUUGCUCAAAUGUUUAAUGUUUAAUUGUUAUGAUUAAUGAAUUCUUAAAUAACAUUUUUAUGCCCCCACAAAGUGGCGGCAUAUAGGGUUGCCCUUGUCCGUACGUACGUACGUACGUACGUACGUCCCGAAGAUUGUUUCCGAUCUAAUUCUUGAAAACCGUUUGUCCAAUCCUCACCAAACUUUAAACACAUGUUUGUGACCAUAAUAUCUUGAUCAAGUUCGAUAGUCAUGGAAAUCGCUUUAGUCAUUUAGGAGUUACGGCCCUUUUUUGCCAAAUAUUCCCGAAGAUUGUUUCCGAUCUAAUUCUUGAAAACCGUUUGUCCAAUCCUCACCAAACUUUAAACACAUGUUUGUGACCAUAAUAUCUUGAUCAAGUUCGAUAGUCAUGGAAAUCGCUUUAGUCAUUUAGGAGUUACGGCCCUUUUUUGCCAAAAAUACUUCAAAAAUAUAUGUUUCCAAUCUAAUUCUUGAAAAGUAUGUGUCCAAUCCUCACCAAACUUUACAUACAUGAUUGUGACCAUAAUAUCUUGAUCAAGUUCGAUAGCCAUGGAAAUCGCUUUUGUCAUUUAGGAGUUACGGCCCUUUAUUUGCAAAAAAAGACUUGAAAAAUACGUCCCGAAGAUUGCUUUCGAUCUAAUUCUUGAAAACUGUUUGUCCAAUCCUCACCAAACUUUUAACACAUGUUUGUGACCAUAAUAUCUUCAUCAAGUUCGAUAGCCAUGGAAAUCGCUUUAAUCAUUUAGGAGUUAGGGCCCUCAGAUUAUCCUGAAUAAUCAUUAUGGCUUAUUUUCUGUGACAAAAAAUCGAAGUGGGGGCAUCCGUGUCCUAUGGACACAUUUCUAGUUAAAAUAUUCUUUUUAUCUAAUUUAAAUUAUACUAUUUUAUUGAAAGUUGACUUUUAAGUUUAUCUUGAGAGAAAAAGGGAAAAAAAAAUCUGCAAGAGAGUGAUUUUUGCAUAUUUUCUAGAGAGGGAGAGAUUGUUUUCUGCAGAUAACCUAGAGUGAGAUUGUUUUCUGCAGAUUAUCUAGAGAGAGAUUUUUUUCUGCAGAUAACCUAGAGAGAGAUUGUUUUCUGCAGAUAAUCUAGAAAGAGAGGGAUUGUUUUCUGCAUACAAUCUAGAGAUUGUUUUCUGCAGAUUAUCUAGAGAGAGAGAGUGGGAUUGUUUUCUGUAUACAAUCUAGAGACAGACGGUUUUUUGCAAAUUAUCUAGAGAGAGAGAGGGAUUAUUUUCUGCAUAAAAUCUAGAGAGAUUGUUUUGCUGCAGACAAUCUAGAGAGAUAUUGUUUUCUGCAGAUUAUCUAGAGAGAGAGAGGGAUUGUUUUCUGCAUACAUUCUAGAGAGAUUGUUUUCUGUGUACAAUCUAGAGAGAUAUUGCUUAUAUGCAGAUUAUCUAGAGAGAGACAGUUUUCUGCAUUCAAUCUAGAGAGAGAUUGUUUUCUGCAGAUUAUCUAGAGAGAGAUUGUUUUCUGCAUAUAAGCUAGAGAGAGAGAGAGAUUGUUUUCAGCAUAUAAUCUAGAGAGAGAGAGAGAGAGAGAGAGAGGGAAAGAGAUUGUUUUCUGCAUAUUAUCUAGAAAGAGACAAGGAAAUUGUUUUCUGCAUAUAAUCUAGAGAGAGAGAGAUUGCCUUCAUGUUUUUAUUUUGCAUUUAUGUAAGUAAAGGUGUAUAAAUGAAGUAAGGUUUAUUUAGAAAAUCAGUUACUCACAAUUCUGGUGUUUAUUCUGUUCCCAGUCUCCUGAUAUCCCCACACCCCUAAACAUUCAACGUCAUUAAAAACUGUUCCAUUAAUCUAAAUGUAACUCACAGACCAAUUAAACAAAUGUUACUCACGGACCAAUUUAACAAAUGUUACUCACGGACCAAUUCAACAAAAUGUAACUCACAGACCAAUUAAACAAAUGUAACUCACGGACCAAUUAAACAAAUGUUACCCACGGACCAAUUAACAAAAUGUAUCUCACAGACCAAUUAAACAAAAUGUAACUCACAGACCAAUUAAACAAAUUGUAACCCACGGACCAAUUAAACAAAAUGUAUCUCACAGACCAAUUAAAGAAAAUGCAUCUCACAGACCAAUUAAACAAGAUGUAUCUCACGGACCAAUUAAACAAAAUGUAACUCAGACCAAUUAAACAAAAUGUAACUCACGGACGAAUUAAACAAAACGUAACUCACGGACGAUUUAAACAAAAUGUAACUCACAGACCAAUUAAACAAAAUGUAACUCACAGACCAAUUAAACAAAAUGUAACUCACAGACCAAUUAAACAAAAUGUAACUCACAGACCAAUUAAACAAAAUGUAACUCACGGACCAAUUAAACAAAAUGUAACUCACGAACGAAUGAAACAAAAUGUAACUCACGGACCAAUUAAACAAAAUGUAACUCACGGACGAAUUAAACAAAAUGUAACUCCAAACCAAUUAAACAAAAUGUAACUCACAGACCAAUUAAAGAAACUGUAACUCACAGACCAAUUAAAGAAAAUGUAACUCACAGACCAAUUAAACAAAAUGUAACUCACAGACCAGUUAUACAAAACGUAACUCACGGACCAAUUAUACAAAAUGUAACUCACGAACGAAUUAAACAAAAUGUAACUCAACGGACCAAUUAAACAAAAUGUAACUCGCGGACGAAUUAAACAAGAUGUAACUCACGGACCAAUUAAACAAAAUGUAACUCACGGACGAAUUAAACAAAUUGUAACUCACGGACGAAUUAAACAAAAUGUAACUCACGGACGAAUUAAACAAAAUGUAACUCACUGACGAAUUAAACAAAAUGUAACUCACGGACCAAUUAAACAAAAUGUAACUCGCAGACCCAUUGAAUUAAUUUUACUAAUACUGUUUUUAUAUGGUCUUCAUAGAAAGAGUCAUUGUUGUUUUUAAAGCAUUUUUUCCUUUUGAAUCAGUUCAUUUGCUGUGAUAACUUUUUUGCCAUAGUUGGUGCUUAGCUUUGCAAAGCUUAGCUUUGAAUUAAGACACAAAAAGUCAUGAACUUUGUACUAUUACCACCAUAUUUUUUCAACAAUCUUGAUUCAUGAAAUUGUUGCUGCACUCAAAAAGGUGCGAGUUAUGUAUCAAAAAAUGGAAUUUCUUUUUAAUAAAAAGGGUUCUAAGCUCCUGUUUUGGGCAUGAAUCCCUUAUACUCAAACAGACCCUUGCUAUUUUUGGAAUAACCACUAACAGCUGUUAGAACUUCUGGAAUACAUGGAGACAAUGAAUAGUUUACCUAGUGUAAAAUUGGUUGCCUAUUGUAUUUUGUAUGUUGAAAAUAUUUGUUUUAAUGUGCUGUAUUUUAAUUGUUGGUAUUAUUUUAAAUUGUGCAAUUAAGAAAUGGUGGUUAAGGAUAUUUUAAUCUUUAUAUCUAUAUGUCACAUAAUUGCCAUUCACUUAGAUCUAAAUUUAGUCUCAGAGUAUUUUUAGUCUCGUGCUUGAUUUUACGAGUGUAUAAACAUGUGUGCAUAACAUAAGCAAUAUAUGGGUGUAACAGAUAAAAUAUAUAUUUAAAAGUUACAAUAGUCAAAUUGUGUUUAUGGGUAUGUGCUAUAAUAUAUUAAUACAUGUAUAUAUAAUGUUUUGUAUAAUUAUGGAAAUGCAGCAUGUAUGUGUGAAACAGUGUUAAACAAAUUUUGAAUUACAUUCCUAUUAUAAUGAAUAGAAACUGCAGAAGAGAGGCCAAUUGUCCAUUGGUGUAUAUAUUUAUACCUAGUCUCAGCUAUUGAUUUAUAAUUAAAGUUGAUUCAUUGUCGUGGAGCACCAUGGAAAGUUUUGCCAUGUAUGAAAUUAGUGCUCUCUUCUUAAAGGUCAAGGUCAUACUUGGAGGUCAAUGUUACAAAAUACAAAUUUAUAGCACUAAGAUGUGUAUCAGCGAUAUUUUUAAAUUAUUAAUGGAUAUUCUACCAAACUUCACAUAAUUGUAGGGCACCUGAUGAUGUUGCACAUUUAAGGUUUGUGUUGUCAUCACCAAGGUGAAGGUCACACAUACAUACUUCAGAGCCUUCAUUCAGCCUUAUUGAGGUUGAAUAUUGGAUGCAUUCCGUCAUAAAAACAGUAACCCCCUCCCCUCCGCCUACAAGAGUGAAAUAAUCCCACUCAGUUUAAGCACUUUGAAAAUGUCCUGUAGUGUGAUUUGCUCAAACAUUGUGUCAUUGAUCUGGGGGGAUUUGUAAAGUUAUUGUGAUAGGUCUAGUUUUUACUCUGCAUUAUUAAUAAUGUGCCAUUUUGUUUUCUCUAGGAUAAGAACUUUCGUCAAUAAAAUCUUUUAGGAAGUA